AGCUCAGUCCUCACUGCCCCCUGGAAAUGAAAACGAUACAAGUGCAGACGUCAGCGGAGCAAAAUGCAGCAGUCAAUGAGGCUGUCACGUUAGCCAGGGCUGAUAAGGACAAGUUGCAGGAACAGUUGCAGGGAACACUGGACUUGCAGGCCCACAAACUCUCAGAUGCCCAGCGUGAAAUUGAAAUGUACCAAGAACAGUUACACCGACACCAGGAAAACCUACAGCAAACAACUGCCGAGUUUGAGGAAGUGAAAAGAGCUUUGAUAGAAGAAAAGAACGAGGCAGUAAAGCAACUGAGCCUGGAGCAUGAGCUAGAGAUGGUGGCCAUGAAGGAGCGAUGGCAAGAAGAGGAUUCCUCGCGGCAGGAGGAACUCACGUCCUUAACUCAGAAACUGAAGAGCCUUGAAGAGGUCCUGCAACGGGCAGAGAGUGACCGAAACGAACUGGAGAAGAACUUCCAGGAGCGGUUUGAAGCUCACUUCCAGGAGGAGAAAGAUAAGAUUGUGCAGAUUCUGGAGGUCAGCUUCAGUGAGCGUGAGAAGAAAGCCCUUGAGAGCCUGAAGGAACAGCUGACCCGUGAACACCAGGAGGAAGUGAGCAGACUGCUAAGUGAAAAGGAAGAGGCUCUGAGGUGUGCGUGUGAAGAGGUCCGUGUGAAGCUCGUAGCAGAGUGGAGAGAGGUAGUGGACAAGCAGCACAAAGAUCUCAGUGAGAAGCACGCAGCAGACCUUGCUAAGUGUAAGGAGCAAUGGGACCAGGAAAAACAGGCAGAGAUUGCUACCAAAGUUGCUGAAAUUGAGACCCGAUGGCGGGAAGAAAGGGACUCGGAAAUUGAGCGUGUGAGACAGCAAUACAAAAUGGAGCUUGAGGGUCUACGGUCACGUUUUAGGAUGAUGACCACUGCCAGCAUGGACAAAUCACCUUCAGAAACAUCAUUGGAGAAGUUUGAGCGUGGUGAGUUUAUGGACUUGGCAGCGCACGAAAUAGCUCUCGCCAAGUUGAGGGAGGAACUGCUUAGAGAAAAGGAAGCUGAGUUGGAGGCGGUCAAGCUUGCUCUUCAAGAACAAUUUGCUCAAGCACAAAAGGAGGAAUUACAGAAACAUGAAGAGAUGAGGAAAGAGGAGAGAAGAAGGAUAGAAGCAGAAAAGCAGGUUGUGUUCAAUGAUGCGAUAAAGUCAGUUACGCAAGACAAGGAAAGAGUCAUUGAAGACCUAAGACUAAGGGUGGAGCUCCUGACGGAUGAAACAGAGAAAUUGCGCAGGCUCAUGCACAAUGCUGCCACAGAGUCAAGUGACCAGAUAAUGACUGCUUUGGCCACAGAGAACCAGUCCCUCAAGGAACGUUGUGAAACCUUGCAAAAGGACAUUGUGAGACUUGAAAACGAGCUGCUCCGGGCCAAGAGAUUCAGCUUUGUGACAGAACGGCAGCACGAUCUCAGCAUGUCCUUCACAGAUGCUGGACCUGCAGGGGCAGCGGGUCCCAUCACAAGCAGUGAGGACGUUAAAAAGCUUCAACAGGAAAAUCAGGAGCUUAGAGAUAAGCUGAGCCGGAGUGCGACCUCGCUGGUGGAGCGCGGCAAGAUCAGCAUCCACUCGUGCCAGCCGGGCGAGGCGGUGCUCCUCGUGUGGGACGACAUCCACCUCCACUACCGGGUCCUCCUCGAGGGCAACCCGCACCUGCACUUCCUCCACACCGACGCCUACGUGCCGCUGGGCCUCUCGAAGGGUGUCCGUCCAGAGCCGCCACACAAGAUGUACUGCACGGCCGAGGUGGUCAGCAAGGAGUUCUGCCAAGCCAAGAAGGACGAGAACCGGUUCCGCGUUCCGAAGGGCACCAAGUUCUACCGCGUGAUGGCCAAGCCGUGGGACAGCGAGGACAGCUCACGGAGAGAUGGGAAGAAGGAGUCCCAGCAGGCAUCUCCUACCCAGUAGUAGCAGCAUCCUACUCCAGCAUCAUCCCGUCUCCCUUCCUCUGGCCCUCGUGGAUGCCCUGGACGCAUAUCCUUCACCACACUGUCCCUGGCUUUGAGAAAUAGGACACGACCGACCAAGACCCACGGGGGAGCGUGGCGGAGCAGCAGCGCCUGUGGCCGUCAUCUUCUCGACACGUUGUCUCGUGACUCGUUCCAUGUCAUUGUAAACAUUCUGUAAACAUCGCCCUUCAUUACUGUCUGACAUCUUUCACGACAUCACUGUUUCAUUUUCAUCAUUCCAUUGUGACGGUUCUCCUUCGUGACACGACACUUUUCCUGACAGAGACAGCUUUCCUAACUUUACAGUAAUAUUAUUGAUGAUUUAAAAGAAAAAUAACUUGGGAUAUCCAUUUCUUCUUCCUAUAGUAGUUUUCCUAACAUUAUCAGAUCUUCAUUCAUACUACUUCAACAUAAACCAUUAAAAACUGGUAGUCUUAACAGUGUUUAUCAUUCACACUUAGAGACAAACAUACUAAUGUUUCACAUUAUUUUAAUUUAUAGUUCUUCAUUCAUCUAUUUACUCCUUUGUUUUAUGUUCAAUCAGAUUGUCUCCAGACUUUCCCCCCCUCUCAUAUAUAUUAUGCAAUAAUAUGUAGAACAAGAGGCAAAGAUGGCAACUUAAAAAAAAGGAAUGAUACAUGAGUUUGUUGUGGAUUAAAAAAAGAAGAAGAGCAUAUUAACAAUUAACUGAAGACCUGCGUAUGAAGUCAAUGCUUGUGUGUUUGUUUUGCCUCAGAUUACCUGCCAUUGUAGCUCUCAAUCAUCUCAACUUUGUCUUCGCUAUCUGGAUGCCGCUCCUUAGACAUUUUUUUCGCACCAAAUUGUUUUUUUUUUGCAGGUCUGCUUCAACUUAAUUUCAGGCCAAAUAGAUGAUCAGAGAUAUGAAAAAGUAUUUCAAGGAUGUAAUUCAUGUAUUUUUGCAAGGAAUCCAGUUAGAAGCAUGUAACAUUUGUAAUGCAGCGAGAAGAUUUUUUAAUAAAGGGUGUUUUUAAAAAGGAUAUGAUUGUAGUUGCUCCUUGAAAUAUGAUGAAGAUGAGUACCACAUUUUAUCAUAAUUUCUUAGCAGUAGCCCUUGUCUGCUUUAUAGAGAUUUAAAGUCCCUGUUUUAUCAUUUUAUCAUGCGGUAAAUCAUACUGUAUUUAAUUUCAGGAACUGAAAUAGGAUAGGUUGAUAGUUCUGUUUGAAGUUAAUUUUAUUCCUCUCAGUCAUGGCACUGGGAGACAUUUAAACCUUGUAAAUAUCAAAGAAAUGGGAAUAUUAAAGUCAAUAUUUAACCGAACUGAAAUGAAAGAAUGCAGGCAAAAGUCAUUUAUAAGUGACUUUCUUGUGAUGUUAUUUUUAACUUCAAUGAAAAUCCUAGUUUUUAUACAGAUUGAAAAAUAGAUAUUAACUCUUCUCUUAACACUUGUACUGCCUGCCUAAGUAUUACCUCUGUGAAAGAUGACCCCUUUGGUUAUUGUCUGAGGGGGUCCGAGUGUGGCAGUAAUGUACCUGUGUUUUUAUCAUGUAUGCAACCUGAAAGUCAGACCCAGAUUCCAUCAUAGCUUGUACAAUAAUGAGCAAAUAAUCCUUACAUAGGUAUAACUUUAGGUAGAAACUAGCCUUUGACUCAUUUUCUGAGAAGUAUAAAAUUACAAAUUCAAGUUAAAAUGUGUAUAAAAUAUUCAACAACUUCACCAAGUUAUUACAUACCUGAAAAGAUUUUUUUUCCAAAAUACAUUUCCCUUUAGACUUAUCCAUUUUGGAAUGUAUGCGUGGGUUUUGGUACAGCAAUGGAUAUUCCUUGACCAGCAAAUUACCUGUGUCUUCUAAUGGCUAUAUUACUUAGUUGCAAAUCAAAUCAAAUCCAUUUAUGUGAGAAUAGUCCUUUUAUAAGAAGACAUAUUUUACUGGGUAUUGAGAAUAAGGAGAUGGAUUCAUCAAUAAUGUAAUUUAAAUUGUGCAAAGUUUAGUUUCUAGUUUGAUUUGUGAGUAUGCUGUACAAUAUUUUUGCACAAAUAUACACUUUGCAUAAUUGGGCUGAAUGGUGAAAGAUAGGGUUUGGCAAAUAUAUGAAUAACUAUACAUUUGAGUUUUGUAAAGGCAGAGAAGUCAAAAAGGCUACACGGCACCAAGAAGCAGAUAUUUUCUAAUGUGUCACUUAAUACGUCUAAGAUUCUACUUACCUCUCUUCAACCGAGGUCAUUAAUUUUCAUGUAAGCAGUCAGACCUUACCAUGUGAAGUUAUAUUUGACUGUGCCAUCAUUUAUGAAGACAGUGGGACCUGUUUUGGCUCUAAACCACGAGCAUAGUUGGCAACCUGUGUCCCAGCCAAAGCCCGGGUUAUAUGUGUCAAUGUUUUGUUCUUACUGAUCUUAAAACAACACAAGGAAAGACUUUAAUCCAGACUCUAUCAAGCUGUCACUUCCUACAGCGCUGUUUUUGUGUUUUAAAGGAAAGGAGGUUUUUCUAAAAGUAUUGUUAGGAUGUAAACUGUAUUUGCUGUUUGAUGAUAAGCUGGAUUCGUAAAGAGCUUUUUACAUACGGAACUGGAUCGUAUAGAAGCUUAGGCGGAUGAUUUGUAAAUAGAAUAUUGGAUAUAUAUAGUAUACAUACAUAUAUAUACAUAUAUAUAUAUAUUUGUAACACAUUUCCACAGUAUGUGCUGAGAGCAAGUGUAUUAGAUAUGUUUGAACAAUGUGGAGUGGAUGAGGUCUUUGUUUUAGUCGUUUAUUUUCGAAAGCAGUUGUUUCUGUGAGGCUUAAAAAAUAUCCCAACACUCCAUACAUUUUGUUAGGCUCACCCGUAAACGCCUCAUCUGCUGAGGAAGUACAAGUUGCUAAUAGUUUGUCAGAUGAUACUUAGGCAAUUUUAGCUCGACACUUCCUAGAGAAAAAUGCGCCGUAUAAAGUAGGGAAGCUGGUCGACGUAUCUAUCCGCAAUUAUAAUGCAGGUCAUCAUUUAACUGAGAUCGAAAACUAAUUGGCUUGGUUCCCCUCCGCAUGAGACUGGCUUUAUAGAAAGGUAAUAACACUUACCAACUUGUCUGUCAGCUGUGCUCCGUAGGGGGUGGACUCCCUGCUCAGCUGACAAGUGACUGUCGCAUUUAUCAUUGAGCUGAGUUAGCAAUAUUUAUUUUUCUCAUCUUCUGAACUGACCGCGCCGAACAGCCCGAAAUAGUAAGAAAUAGUUUCCCGGUGGUACAAAUUGUGAUUCAUGUUGUCCUUAUUUUCCCCUCACCCAUUUUCCUAGAUUGGUACAAGCACUUGAAUGUGGUUUAAGUUGCAGAGAGAGAAGUAAUGAGCAUCUAUUUUGAUUCAAGUCGUGCCAGUUAUUUUGUAUAAUGUAUGGAUAAAAAUCUUACAGCUAUCGCAUACCGACACAGAGAGAGAGAGAGAGAGAGAGAGAGAGAGAGAGAGAGAGAGAGAGAGAGAGAGAGAGAGAGAGAGAGAGAGAGAGAGAGAGAGAGAGAGAGAGAAUGAAUAUCAGGCUACAUUAAUCAUUCUGAAAAGGUGUUUAGAGAACUAAAAUAUCAGUCGGUGACUUUCAAUGAACCUUUUUUUCCGCUCUCGGUAAACCAUUGUACGUUUCUAUUGUUUUUAACACAUUGGGUGCAGGAGAGUGUCAUUCUAUCUCGUUUCUUGAUUGCUCUGUACUUUUAGCAUGCACGAAUAUCACGUUUUGUAUUUGCAGGAUGUUGUUUGCCUUUCAGUGACUGUAAUGAGUGAGGUGUGCAUUGUAUACAGUGUAUUAAACAAUCUUUUCAUUACGCUUUUCCAUGAGUACUGAGGUAAAUAAAUGAUUAUGAAUAA